GAGAAGCAGCAAGAGCAGAAGCAAAAAAAAAACCCUCUACUACUGAAGCUAAACUCUAGCUUUCACUCAACACGACAAGGAGACACAUAGACAAGAGAAGAAUCUGCAACGAGAUCGACUUGAUCAGAACCUAAAGGCUCCAAGGCAUAACACUUUUGAGAGACUAAGGAAGACUUUAGAAGGUUUCAAAGAGAAUUUUUAAUUUUGACUAAUACACAGCGAGAAAACGAAGAGAAGCUGAAAAUGUCUGCCGGAAUGACCAGCCUGUUUUCAAUCAUUUGCCUGUCUUUCUUCACCUGGGCUUCAGCACAGGAAUGCACUGGCCAGUGCAGCUGCCCUGACAUGCCCCCUCAGUGCCCACCUGGUGUUAGCUUGGUGCCCGAUGCUUGCGGCUGCUGCCGGGUGUGUGCCAAGCAGCUGGGUGAACUCUGUACUGAGAGAGACAUUUGUGACCCUCACAAGGGGCUUUAUUGUGACUAUGGCUCCCCCAGCAAUCGCCGGAUAGGAGUCUGCACCGCUAAAGAGGGCGCAACUUGUGUGUUUGGAGGAAUGGUGUAUCGCAGUGGAGAGUCCUUCCAGAGCAGCUGUAAAUACCAGUGCACCUGCCUGGAUGGAGCAGUUGGCUGUGUACCCCUCUGUAGUAUGGAUAUCCGCCUUCCCAGCCCAGACUGCCCCAUGCCACGCCGAGUGAAGGUGCCUGGGAAGUGUUGCGAAGAGUGGGUGUGUGACUCUCCACACCAGCAAACGUUCGUCGGCUCCGCCCUUGCAGCUUACAGAGAGGAGGAGACCUAUGGCCCUGAUCCAUCUCUGAUGAGGGAGAACUGCCUGGUUCAGACUACCGAGUGGAGCGCCUGUUCCAAAACCUGCGGCCUUGGAAUCUCCACCCGUGUCACCAAUGACAACCGAGAAUGCCGCUUGGAGAAGCAGUCUCGUCUCUGCAUGGUUAGACCAUGUGAGUCUCACCUGGAGGAAAGAAUCAGAAAAGGGAAGAAAUGCAUCCGAACCCCCAGAGUGUCCAAGCCAAUGAAGUUUGAGAUCUCUGGCUGCACCACCACCAAGUCCUACAGGCCCAAGUUUUGUGGUGUCUGCACUGAUGGUCGUUGCUGCACCCCUCACAGAACCACCACCCUCCCCAUGGAGUUCAAGUGCCCCGACGGUCAGGUGAUGAAGAAACAGAUGAUGUUCAUCAAGACCUGCGCAUGCCACUACAACUGUCCCAGCGAAAACGAUAUCUUCGAGUCCAUGUACUACAAGAAGAUGAUUGGGGACAUGGCAUAAAACCCAAACAAAAACAAAACAAAAAAAACUGUUAAAGAAGAUCCAUCCAGUGACUGUUCACUUGAAUCAAACAGAUAUCCAUCUCAUUUUUCAGCACAAUAGUUUCUUUUUUGUCUUUUGUUUUUUUGUUUUUUCCUUGUCUCAUUUUGCAUUUGUAUCUCUUUUACAAGGACACAAAACUAUAUAAGUAUAUUCAUUGUAUAUGUACUUGUACCAUGAUGGAUGUCUGAGGCCUUCUGCCUGAAAGGGCUGCUUGGAAGCAGGUGCAAAUGACCAUGGGCUAUCCCCCACAAAAUGAAUACUGCACUAUAGUCCUUAUCCGUGACGUUAAUGUCACUGACCAGACACUGGCAUGGGCCAGUCACCCCCCUCAACUCCCCUCCCCCCAAACUGUGGUGGGCACCUAACUGACUUGGCAGUUUUCAGACUCAGAGAGCACUUGUGAUGGGAAGGGUGAGGACUUUUUAACCCCCAUAAGAGGGAAGCUAAAAUGCUUUACCCACCAGAGUAUGAAAUGAAUGUGCUCUUGUGUGUGUACUUGACUGUUGCAGUGUUAACGACAGGUCAGGCUUUCAGCUCUAGCCAGAAUCAGAUGUUUGCCAAGACAAGGAGCCCAGUGAGUAUGUUAUGAGGGUUUGCUACAGCACUGAAGAAAAGAAAAAAAAUCGUUAAAGGUGUUAGACUUUGACAAACUGAUUUGUGUUUCUCCAACUGAAUCAGAACUUUUGUCAAAAAGACUGGAUGAUUUGUAGCUUCAUUCCUUUUAUAUUUUAAAUACUGUAAAUAUUGUGAAUAUUUUUGUACAGUGGUUUAAGUUAAUUUAAAUUUAAAGCAUUUGUCUUUGUUUUUCUUGCUUCAGUAUAUUAAUUGAUAGCUUAUUUGCUGAGUUGACUGUUCUUUCGACAGUUUGUGUACUAUUUUAUUGAGAAGUGUGACCAAAAAGUUACAUGUUU